UCUAACAGUGCCAAAGACCGGUUCAGUUUCUUCUUCUUGAGUGGCGUAAUAUUAAAUAUAUUUAUAAAUUUAUUCACAGAGGGAUGACUGUUUAGUCAAAGGAACAGGAAUAAUAAGGAUGUACGAGUGCAAAGUCAAUGACUGCUCUAUUGGAUGUAUUUCGGGAAAAUAAAAAGAGCGACGCAUACAAAAGUCAUCAAAAUGACUGCUCUGUCAAAGGUCUAAUGAUUUACUGCCGCUUUUAACCUCGUCGCAACUAGGUUGCAAUCACCGAGUGUAACAUCAGAAAUCCAUGAAUCAAAAUAGCGACGAAUACAAAAGUCAUCAGGAUGACUGUCCUGUCAAAGAUCUAAUGAUUUGCCACCGAUUUGAAGUGUCGCAACCAGGUUGCAAUCACAGAAUGCAACACCGCAGAUCCACAAAUGGAAAUAGUGACGAAUAUAAAAGUCAUCAUGAUGAUAGUCCUGUCAAAGAACUAAUGAUUUGCUACUGAUUUGAAGUGUCGCAACUAGGUCGCAAUCACCACUUAUGAUCCCAUCAGCAGAAAGGGCGUGCGAACGGAAAAGUCAUCGCAAUGACUGUUUCGUCAAAGACCUAAGAUUUAGCAGCGGUUUCAACCGUGGUGCAACCACUGUAUGAUUAGAAAUUACGAGUUCUAGAUAACACCAUGGAUUUCGGGGAAAUGUUGGCGAUAAUUUAUGACUUCCUGCUUUUCCUUGGAAUGGCUGUGGUUUAUAUAACCGAGAGCAUAAUACUGACUUUGGUACCUCGUCGAUAUCGGGAGAAAAUCAUCGAUGGGGAAGUUGCUCUUGUAACAGGUGGAGCAGGUGGGAUAGGCCGAUUAAUUGCAGCUAAAUUGGCAUCCCGAGGUGCAACCGUCGUCAUUUGGGAUAUAAACGAACAAGGCAUCAAGGAUACCGUAAAGGAAAUAAAGCAAGCCGGUGGUAAAUGCUUUGGCUACCAUUGCGAUAUCACCGAUAAAGAAGAAGUCUAUCAAGCUGCGAAAAAUGUUAAGAUCGAAGUCGGAAACAUAACGUUGCUGAUAAACAACGCAGGAUAUGUUUACGGGAGGACUCUUUUGGAAUUACCUGAUAAGGAAAUCGAGCGAACUUUUAAAGUUAACAUAUUGUCACACUAUUGGAUCACCAAGUCGUUCUUGAAGGACAUGAUGAAGGAAAAUCAUGGACACAUUGUGACAAUUGCGAGUGUUGCUGGUCUUCUCGGUACUUACAAUUGUACCGAUUAUUCUGCCACGAAAUUCGCGGCCAUUGGUUAUCACGAAAGUCUCUUUACCGAGUUGAAGUCCCAUGGUUACGAUGGAAUUCACACAACUUUGGUGUGUCCGUACUUUAUAAACACUGGAAUGUUUCACGGAGUCAAACCUAGAUUAAUGCCAAUGCUGGAUCCUGAGUACGUUGCUGAAGAAGUAAUAAGUGGUAUAUUAACCAAUGCUGUUAACGUAACUCUGCCUGCUAGUGUGAGGUACCUCUUACCACUGAAAUGCCUUCUACCUGCGAAACUCUGCUGGGCUUUGAUGUAUCGCAUUCUACAUGGACCACAAGCAAUGAUGAUGUUCAAAGGGAACCAAAAGGCUUUCAGUGAGAACAAUAACACCGUAACUAACUAUGUAAACGGAAAGAGCUACUGAGAUAGUUGAAACAUUUGAAAUUUCUGUUAUAUUAAAACAUAGCGAAGCUGCGUUACAUAAUGAUACUAAUCGAUAGCUUAAUAUCCAUUGUUACUCGCACUUUCCAACUUGUGGGGAAACCUUUUCCAUUAUGAGCUCAAUUUGUAAAUAAGACUUUUUUAUACUACAUCGCAAGAAUAUAGUGAAUUAUGAGAUUACUGUCUUUUGCGAUUAUGUAAUUACUAUUACUCAUGCACCAGUUGCUGCAAUGGAAUGAAAAUACUAGUAAUGAAUUAAAAGGAUUUGUUAUGAUUA